AUUCGAACUGUACCUCACACAUUCAGAUUCUCCUCUCAAAUUCAUCGAGUUUCUCAGCUGUUCAGAAGCUCCGAUUUUUCAGUUGGGUUUCUUUUUGGGAUUCGGGUUCGCCGCCGCCGCAAGCUUGCGUGUUCGCUGACUGAACGAAGUUCGUUAUUCUAUUAAGAAAGUUUUCUGUAGUUCGUAAUUCUUGUUUUUGAUAAUCUUUUGGUGGUAUGGUUGGUUCUUAGUUUGAUUUCUCUUAUUUUCUUAGGCAAUGUGAUGUGCAUUUGCCUCUGAUUUCAAUUUUAUUGUUUGGUUUCUUUGACAUUUUUGUCAUCUCGGAAUAGUAGAUAGAGAUUUGGGAUCUUAUACCUUCUGGUUUAGUUCAACUUGUUGUGAGUGGUUCUCGAUUGUGUUCUUGUUCCAUCUGCAACUACAAUUGUGGAGGUAUAUGGUCCCAAAUUUUCUAUGUUUUUUUCCCCUUGUGAUUAAUAAAGUCGAAAUUUUCGUUUGAAGUUUUCUUUCUGGUGUGUUCUAGGCCGUUUGGUAAUUUGCUAUUUAUUGGUCUGGGUGAUGAUUGUUCUAUUGGCUUGUCUUAGAUUUCUUUUGCAGUGCUAGAUAUUGAUUGAGCGGUGUUUUGAUUUGAUUGAUGCAUCUUGGUGUGAUGAAGUUGUUGUAUGUGUCGUAUACGUUUUGGUUGUGUGUUGAAAUGCUUGUAGGUUAGGGUUUUGUUUAUAGAAACCAAGAGCUAGAUAGAUGUCUGUAAAAAUUCCCUGCCUCCUGCAUUAUUGAAGACUUUGGUGACCGUUCUUUUAAAUUGUUGAACGGAGUGACGCUCAUGAAUAAAUGUUAUAUUCUUGAUCAUAAUUUUGAGGCCUUGAAUUCGUCUUCCAUUUGAAGUAUUAUCUUUAAGAUGCAUGUCUUCUUAGCUAGGAGAUCGUAUCCAUUCUGUGGCCUUUAUGAGUUUCCGCUUGGGCCUCUCAACCCAAUAACAAAAGACACGUUUGUUAAAGCUUACUGCUACGUAGUAUAGAUUCAUGGAAGCUGUUCCUAGGAUAUUGAGUUUCAAUCGAAAUGGAUUGUCACAUGAUUUGACGAUUGGGAAUGUGAAUAUGAACACCCCUGCCCCAUGCGCUGCUUGCAUAUGUGAGUGAAGCCAGGAACAAAACUCUGUGUGGUUAAGUUAGAUCAGAGAAAUUUUCGUUUCAGUGGUGACAUUUUAACAUUGACCCUGCCAUUGGUGCUUUAAAUUAAACAUUAAACAUGAAAAUGGGGGGUUUUUUGUUUGAUAAUUGUACAGAAUCAUGGGGUCUACUACUCGAGUUCACGAGAUGAUGUCCAGACGAGGCAACACGUUGUGGUUUAUUUAUUUAGAUGUUCUUUACCAAAUUCUAUGGCUUUCUCUUAACUUGGUCACUGGUGAUACCUUGUGAAAACCCUAGCCACCUUCAUAACACUGGAUAUAAUUGCGGAGUUUGUGAUAUAACCUAGAAUAAUUUUACUUACUUAUUUUUAAUUAAAAAGAUUUAAAUUAUGAGGAGCAGUAGGGAGCUGAUGGUAGCCACAUCGUCUGAUCAAAGUACUUAAGCUCUUUGCUUCAGACUUGGAAGAAUUAUUAUGAAUAAUUACAAAUAAAGUUUAGAUGGAUGCUUUUGGGUGGUGUUAGAUGUUGGAUUCUUCUCUGCGACUCUUUCUAAAAUUGGAGUCUUGGCAGCAUCUUUGGUGUUCCGGACAUGUUUUUGCUUCUUAAACCUGUUCCCGAUGAAGUCUUGAUUAUCUUCAGACUCUCAGUGACCAUAAGGAUUCUAGGUGGUUCUUUGAUAGCGAGAUUGCAAGAGCUGUAGGUGCAGUUAUGAGAGUUAUAUUUAGUUAUUUAGUUGACUGGAUAACCUUGAGUACAUAAUCUAUUCCUCCAGUUGUAAGAUCAGCUACGCAGAUUGUGCCAUUCACCCUAAAAGUUCAGUUUUCCUUCUCCCACCAAUAAACCUUUUGCUUCCUCUUGCACCUUGCCCUCUGGAACAACUUUCAUUACUCAGGUCGUUGCUGGCUAUGACUGCCUUCAAGAAGAGUUGUAAAAUCCUUUUUGCUAAUCUGGGAAAAUGGCUUUCUUUUUGGUUUGGUUCUCAGUAUUAUGGAAAUGAAGGAACCGGAUGAAUGCAAAAUACCAUGUGAUGAAGGAAAAUUUAUUGGCUUUCAGGGAGAGAAUAAUAGAUGGGUAAGUUGGGUUCUCGAAGGAAACUGAAUGCAGAGAUUCAAUUUGAGGUUGAUGCAUCCAUGUUUGACCCAGUUUAGUGGGAAUUGCAUCCGGAGUCUUCAACAAAUCAAGUGAUCAUGAUGUGCAAAUGGUCACUAUUCAAAGCUGGAGGCUCUGGAGUCCCCCAGUGCUGCAUUGUAGUUAUUAUAUGGGUCUCCUAUAACUCUUCUUUUUUGGAUGAACUGAACUCUCCUCUUGGAGUUGUGAUGAUUGGAGCUGUACAACGUUUCUUGGAUUAUUUGUUGCUGAUGUGCUGUGGUCUGCAGCUGUAUAGAAGAAAGCAACAGUGUCAUGGCCUGUUUGACGGUGAAUAACAUGCCUUUUCUGGCUUUAGGAUGAUUGCUAAAGUCCUUCCUAUAUGCAGGUGCUUUAAGCUUCUAUCCAGAUUCAACCAUUGUCCUGCAUUGGAGGAUAUUAUUUUUCCAUGGCAGAGGUUGCAACUUACUCCAAGCCUCAACAAAUUGGGACAGAAGAAAAUCAACAUAUGACAUGCAGAGGAAAGGAGAUGAGAACUGUGUACACUGAGCAGUUUGAUUCUCAGGCCUUGCCCUUUGAAAAAUCAAAUGAACCCCAAGAGUUAUUGGAGAGGGAAUACAUGGAACAUGGAUGUGCACAUUAUAGGCGAAGGUGCCGUAUCAGAGCGCCCUGUUGUAAUGAAAUCUUUGAUUGCCGUCAUUGCCAUAAUGAAAUAAAGAACAGUAUUUGUGUUGAUCAGAAAGAAAGACAUGAGAUGCCACGCCAUGAAGUCAACCAGGUUAUAUGCUCGCUCUGUGGAACUGAACAGGAGGUUCGCCAAGAAUGUAUCAACUGUGGUGUGUGUUUUGGGAAAUAUUUCUGCGAGACUUGCAAGCUGUUUGAUGAUGAUACAUCUAAGAAGCAAUAUCACUGUAAUGGGUGUGGAAUUUGUAGAAUUGGGGGACGUGAGAACUUUUUCCACUGCCAUAAGUGUGGUUGCUGCUAUUCAGUUCUUUUAAAAAACAGCCAUCCCUGCGUUGAAGGGGCAAUGCACCAUGACUGUCCUGUUUGCUUUGAGUACCUAUUCGAUUCGACAAACGAUGUUACAGUAAUGCCAUGUGGACACACCAUCCAUCAAAAUUGCUUGAAGGAGAUGAGAGAUCACUUUCAAUAUGCUUGCCCUCUCUGCUCCAAAUCCGUCUGUGAUAUGUCCAAGGUGUGGGAAAAAUUCGACAUGGAAAUUGCAGCUACGCCCAUUCCAGAACCAUACCAAAAUAAAAUGGUCUGGAUUCUUUGCAACGAUUGCAGUAAGACGUCAAAGGUGCAGUAUCAUGUUGUGGCUCAAAAGUGCUUGAAUUGUAAGUCUUACAACACCAGACAGACCAGAGGCUAAGGAUAAGGAUGUGGAUAUGAAAGCCACAUUUCCAUCAUCUGCAGCUCUGAAUUGUCUCCAUCUUCAGCUACUUGAUCUCCCAUUUCCAUGCUAGACUCCUUCAGAACCUUCGAGCCACACACGUCAUUCUCGAGCGAUGGGGAAGACGGCAUAGUUCUGCAGCCUCCCUUGCAUCGGGAAGUUGGCAACAUCGCACAUUUUUUCUCUUCUUUAUUUGGUUGAUAUCUUCUUGUAUUCUACCUCUUCGUUCUCCCAUCAUUCUAUUUGUUGGUGUUUGUAUUGUUGUUGUAUUUGUGUAUGAAGAAAAUAUUGCAUUGUAAUCAUGGUCAGUGAAUUGCAUUGCAUGUGAUUUGGUUUUUCAGAAUUCA